CCUCCAUCUCGCUUUGACCAACGUGCAGAAUACCACCUGGAUUCAUUCCUUCUGUCUUCUGCAGAAAUGUCUCUUGCUUCCUGCUAGACCUGCUGGUAGAGUAAGUCUCUUUUCUAAUCAUCGCUGUCUCUGUUUAUCUCUCUAUAGACCCCUCAAUUCUUGUAACAGUUCUAUAUUUUUAUUACGCAUUAGAAUGAUGCAAUAAUCCCUUAAUCUCCUCGUUUCUGUCACGCCUUCUACUCUGCUUUCUUCCUCUCCCAAAUUAAAAAGCAGAAGCUGGAGUCACAAUGUGCCGUGUGCCGACAGUAAGCGGGUCCGUUGGGCUGGCACAAGGAUUUUGGGGGGGUACCGGGUCCUGGCUGGGGGUUAUCGUCUGUCUCGUUGCACUGAUAUGCCAAUCAAUCCAUCUCGGGGACCUGCGGAGGGAACUCUCUCUUAUUCAAAAAAAUAAAGAAGAUAGAGCGCAGGUCAGGAGGCACCAUAAUCCAGACGAUGAAUCCUUCAACCUGUGGCCCAAAGAGAAGCGGGACCUGGCAGGGAGACGACGGAGGAGACACAAUGGAAAGCACGCUCUUCUGCACCUGGUGCCUGCCUCUUUCUCUUCUCCAGAUGCGUUUCAGGACGUCACGUACAUAUCAUGGAAAGUGUCUCUACACGAGGGUAAAGCCUUCGAGCUUCAGAGAGAAAGUGUCCGAGUGAAACAUUCCGGGGUAUACUAUAUAUACAGCCAGGGCCUUUACACGGAUAUUACGUUCACCAUGGGUCAGCUGGUGACGCGGAGAGCGGAAGGGGAAUCUGGAAUGGGGGACAUUCUGCUGAGGUGCGUGCAGAGUAUGCCGCAGGACAAGCUGCAGGCUUAUAACACGUGCUACAGCGCAGGAGUCUUCCGGCUGCAGAAAGGAGACGUCAUCAGCCUCGUCGUUCCGAGAUAUAACGCCAGCGUGGACGCCAACGGAUAUUCAACCUUCUUUGGCCUGGUCAAGCUCUAGAUGGAACUCUUUAAGACGAUGUCCUCUCAGACC